GCUUUAAUUUUUUAGUUUUCUGAAUGUGUUGUUUGGUUUUAGUAAAAUUCAAAAAAAAGAAAUUGUAAAAUAUUUAAAAUAAAUCCGAAAACAAUGACAUCCAUGAUAGAAAUCCCUCUUAGGGAUACAGAUGAAGUUAUUGAACUUGAUCCUGAGCAAUUGCCUGAAAGCCAAGAAGUACUGGGCAUACUUAGGCAGGAGCGUUCUCAACUGAAUACAUGGGUAUCAGUAGCAUUGGCAUACUAUAAGCAAAAGAAAACUGCUGAUUUCAUCAAAAUUUUGGAAGCUGCCCGCAUAGAAGCAAAUGUAGAUUAUCGUGAUUAUGAGAAAGAUCAAAUGAGAGCCUAUGAUAUGCUUGCUGCAUAUUACGUGCAGGAAGCGAAUCGAGAAAAAUCAAAAGAUAAAAGAAGAGAUUUAUUUCUAAAGGCAACAAAUUUAUAUACAACAGCUGACAAAAUUAUUAUGUAUGAUCAUAAUCAUUUACUUGGCAGAGCAUACUUUUGCUUACUGGAAGGUGAUAAAAUGGAACAGGCAGAUGCUCAGUUCAAUUUUGUGUUAAAUCAAUCUCCCUCAAAUAUUCCGUCUUUAUUGGGUAAAGCUUGCAUUGCGUUUAACAAAAAGGAUUACAGAGGAGCAUUAGCAUUUUAUAAAAAGGCAUUGAGAACCAAUCCUAAUUGUCCUGCCGCAGUUCGAUUAGGAAUGGGUCAUUGCUUCUUAAAAAUGAAUAAUCAAGAAAAAGCCAAAUUGGCAUUUCAGCGUGCACUUGAACUUGAUCCAAAUUGCGUUGGAGCCUUAGUAGGUUUGGCGAUUUUAAAAUUAAAUCUUCUAGAGCCUGAAUCUAAUCGAAUGGGUGUACAAAUGUUGUCAAAAGCAUAUACAAUUGAUUCUACUAAUCCAAUGCUGUUAAAUCAUUUGGCAAAUCAUUUUUUCUUCAAAAAAGAUUAUCAAAAAGUACAGCAUCUUGCAUUACAUGCAUUUCAUAAUACAGAAAAUGAAGCAAUGCGUGCAGAAAGUUGUUAUCAGUUAGCAAGAUCGUUUCAUGUGCAACGAGAUUAUGAUCAAGCUUUUCAAUAUUAUUAUCAAUCGACACAAAUUGCUCCAGCCAAUUUUGUUUUGCCACAUUUUGGUCUCGGUCAAAUGUAUAUUUAUCGUGGUGAUUCAGAAAAUGCAGCACAAUGUUUUGAAAAAGUAUUGAAAGUACAACCAGGAAAUUAUGAAACAAUGAAAAUUUUAGGAUCUCUUUAUGCCAAUUCUAAUUCACAAACAAAACGUGAUAUGGCUAAAACACAUUUGAAAAAAGUAACUGAACAAUUUCCGGAUGAUGUUGAAGCUUGGAUAGAAUUAGCUCAAAUAUUAGAACAAAAUGAUUUACAAGGAUCAUUAAAUGCAUAUGGUACUGCAACAAGUAUACUUAAAGAUAAAGUACAUGCUGAUGUGCCAGCUGAAAUACUUAAUAAUGUCGCUGCUUUGCAUUAUCGUUUAGGAAAUCUAACUGAAGCUAAGAAAAAAUUAGAAGAAGCGCUAAAUCGUGCCAGAAUUGAAUCACAACAUGAUUCACAAUAUUAUGAUUCAAUUUCUGUUACAAUGACUUAUAAUUUGGCAAGAUUAAAUGAAGCAAUGUGUUCUUUUGAUACAGCUGAUAAAUUAUAUAAAGAUAUUUUACAACAGCAUCCUAAUUAUAUAGAUUGUUAUUUGCGACUGGGAUGUAUAGCACGUGACAAGGGCUUAAUUUUUGUUGCAUCAGAUUUCUUUAAGGACGCUUUGAAAAUUAAUACGGAAAAUCCUGAUACAAGAUCUCUUCUGGGAAAUCUUCAUUUAGCAAAAAUGCAAUGGAUAUUAGGGCAGAAAAAUUUUGAAUCUAUUUUAAAAAAUCCAACAACAUCUACAGAUGCUUAUUCAAUGAUUGCGUUGGGUAAUUUUUGGUUACAAACACUCCAUCAACCAACAAAAGACAAAGACAAAGAGAAAAAACACCAGGAAAAAGCUUUAGCAAUUUAUAAACAAGUUUUACGUAAUGAUCCUCGAAAUAUUUGGGCAACUAAUGGAAUUGGUUCUGUUUUAGCCCAUAAGGGUUGUAUCAAUGAAGCUCGUGAUAUAUUUGCACAAGUUAGAGAGGCAACAGCUGAUUUUUCUGAUGUUUGGCUUAAUAUUGCACAUAUAUAUGUGGAGCAACGGCAAUAUAUAAGUGCAAUUCAAAUGUAUGAAAAUUGUUUAAAAAAAUUCUAUAAACAUCAUAAUGUUGAGUUGAUGCAAUAUUUAGCAAGAGCUUAUUUAAAAGCUGGUAAAUUAAAGGAAGCAAAAGUUGUUUUACUAAAGGCUCGUCGUGUUGCUCCACAUGAUACGGUACUUUUGUUUAACAUUGCUCUGGUUCUGCAAAGACUUGCCAUGGCUAUUUUAAAAGAUGAAAAAUCAACUUUAGUUGUUGUCUUACAAGCUGUACACGAACUGGGUUUAGCUCAAAAAUAUUUCCAGUAUCUAUCAGUCAAUGGAGAUAAAACCCGGUAUAACAUUGAGAUAGCAGCUAUAGAAGCGAAUCAGUGUCAGGAUCUGUUGUCACAAGCCCAAUAUCAUGUAUCGCGAGCUCGUCGUAUAGAUGAUGAGGAGAAGAAUUUACGUCGUAAACAGGAAGAAGAGCGCCUCGCAUUCAAGCGUCGACAAGAAGAAGAACGUCGUCGCAUGGAAGAAGAGAAGCUCAAAACAAGGGAAGAAAUGUUAUCUAAACGCCAGGAAUAUGUUGAAAAAACUAAGAGUGCGCUUCUGUUCUCUGAACCACCACCAGAUGCAAGAAAGAAAGGUCGUAGUCGGAAAGAUGAUAUUAUAUCUGACUCUGGUGGCAGCGAUGAUGAAGGCCCAGUUGGGGACGGUGAACAAAAGAAAAAACAAAAACGUGAACGAAAGAAAGGGGGUGGUCGGGGACGUAAAAAGAGAGAACAUGGUGAAGGAGGUGGUGACAGUGACGACGAUCAUCCGAAACAAAAACGUCAACGUAAAACUGGAGGUGGUCAAAGGGGCCGUCCAAAACAAAAGGAAACAGAGAAAAUGUCAGCCAAACAAAAACUGCGAAUUGUGUCUAAAGCUGUUAUCUCGACUAGUGAAUCAGAUAGUGAUUCUGAUGGUGAGGGUGCAAGCAGUAGCAAGAGACCCCGAAAAAUCACAUCUGAUGAUGAUAAAUCUCGCUCAAAAUCACGUUCAGUAUCCAGAUCAAAAUCUAGAUCACGUAGUGGUAGUCGUUCGAUUAGUCGAAGCCGUUCAAGAAGCGGCAGCAGAUCUGACAGUCGAAGCAGGAGUAGAUCGGGAAGUGGUAGUCGUUCCGGCGGCAGUAGAAGCAAAAGUCGUUCUAGAAGUGGCAGUCGUUCUGUCAGCAGAAGUAGAUCUCGUUCAAAAACUGGUAGUAGAAGCCGUUCGCGCUCGAAAAGUGUCAGUAGAAGUCGAUCUCGAUCUAAAAGUGGAAGUAGAAGUCGUUCAAGAAGCCGAAGUCGUUCAAGAAGUCGAAGUCAUUCUGGUAGUAGAAGUCGUAGUCGUUCAAAAAGUCGUAGUAAAUCAGCCAGUAGCCAUAGCCCUAGUCGAAGUCGUAGCCGUUCAGCUUCGAAAUAACUUUUUAAACUGGAGAAAU